AGGUCAUUAGAUCAAAAUAAAUUUGGUGAUGGUAUGACUUUCUUUCUUGCACCUUUCGGGUCUACACUUCCUCCAGAAUCAAAUGGUGGAGCUCUUGGGUUAUUGAGUUCAAAAGAACCUUUGGUACCCGCAUCAGAGAAUCAGAUUGUUGCUGUUGAGUUUGACACGUUUAAGAACUCAUGGGAUCCGAGUGAGAAUCACGUCGGUAUCAACGUUAACUCGAUUCAAUCUGUAGCUAAUGUCUCAUGGAAUAGUAGUAUUAAGGAUGGAAGAAGAGCUAAUGCUUGGGUAACUUAUAACUCCACUUCUAAAAACUUGAGUGUUUUUCUAACUUAUGCUGAAAAUCCUGUUUUUAGUGGGAAUUCGAGUUUGUUCCAUAUAGUUGAUCUAAGCAAGAUUCUACCUGAGAAGAUUAGUGUUGGAUUUUCGGCUUCCACGGGAAGUUGGAUUGAAAUCCACCAAGUUCUUUCCUGGCAAUUCAAUUCUACUUUGGAAAGUAUGGUUGAAGGGAAGGGUAAUAAGAUUGGAUUGAUUGUGGGUCUGGUUGUUGGUUUGGUUGUUGCUAGUUGUGCACUUGGUUUGGCUUUGUUUAUUUGGUUAAAAAAGAGGGGCAACUUAAGGAAGAGUAUAGAUGUAGAGAAAGCAGAUUCCGACAUGUCUAUGGACGAUGAAUUUGAGAAAGGAACGGGUCCAAAGAGGUUCACAUAUAGAGAACUGGUUUAUGCAACAAGUAACUUCGAUGAAGGAGGAAAAUUGGGAGAGGGAGGAUUUGGAGGUGUAUACAAAGGGUUUUUAGGUGAUCUGAGCUUGAAUGUGGCGGUAAAAAGGGUCUCGAGAGGAUCCAAACAAGGGAAGAAAGAAUACCAAUCAGAAGUAAGGAUUAUUAGCCAGUUGCGGCAUAGAAAUUUGGUUCAACUUAUAGGUUGGUGCCAUGAACGAAAUGAAUUGCUUCUAGUGUAUGAAUUCAUGCCAAAUCGGAGCCUGGAUAACCAUCUUUUCCGAGGGGAAAAUGUUCUAGUUUGGGAAGUCAGGUACAAAAUAGCUCUUGGGUUAGCUUCUGCUUUGCUAUAUCUACACGAAGAAUGGGAACAAUGUGUAGUUCACAGAGAUGUUAAAUCAAGUAAUGUUAUGUUGGAUUCGAAUUUUAAUGCUAAACUUGGGGAUUUCGGUUUAGCAAGGCUUGUUGAUCAUGAUGAUUUAGGCUCUCAAACAACGGUCUUAGCCGGAACAUUGGGUUACUUAGCACCUGAAUGUGUUACUACAGGUAAAUCUAGUAAGGAGUCGGACGUUUAUAGUUUUGGAAUUGUUGCACUUGAGGUUGCUUGUGGAAGGAAGCCAGUCGAACAAAAUAGGAAAAUCCUGGUAGAGUGGGUUUGGGAACUCUAUGGAAGUGGAAAGAUCAUUGAAGCAGCCGAUGAAAGACUAAAGCUAAACUCCGAUGAGCAACAAAUCGAGCGGUUAAUGGUUUUAGGCCUAUGGUGCGCUCAUCCUGAUCCUACAACUAGACCUUCCAUUAGGCAAGUUAUUAAUAUUCUGAAUUUCGAAUCUCCAUUGCCAAACCUUCCAUCAAAAUUGCCCACCCCGGUGUAUUUAUCACCACCGAUGCACAUGUGUAAGCUUGCUUUAGCAUCCACUUAUGGUUAUUCAACGAGUUCACAGACAGAUGGUAGUCAGUGUACUUGCAGUAGUUGUACCAACACCAAUUUGUCUCAGGCAACUUUGUCUUCUGCUAGUUCUUCACCUUCAAAAUCCCUAUUGCAUUCGCAUAAAUCUGUUUUGUAGCAAUAACUAGUGAAC